AUGCCAGGUGUACCAACAGGUCGGGCCUGUGAUGCAUGCCGCAAGCAGAAGAAAAAGUGCGACGAGAAACAACCUAGCUGUGGGAGAUGUCUGCGUCUGAAAGUGACCUGCAUAGGUUCCGGUCAGCAACGAUACAAGUUCAAGCAAGAGCAUCGUUUUUCACCCCCAGCACAAAAGAAUAACGGAAGACAAAUGAUCAUCACACUCGAUAACAAGUCAAGAUUAACCAAGAAAGAAACGCCUCCUUUUGAAAUUCCUCCUACAUUCCCCAACCAUCAUCUUACAUCAUUAACAAAUUCAUUCAUCGGCGCCAUCAAACGCUCAACAGACCUCCGAUACAACCUGUGGUGGUCUUUCGGUCUAUUUCUAGAAGAAGUACCUCGGCGAAUCGGCAACAAUGAAGCACUCGACCGCGCAGUCGAUGCCGUGACCACUAUCCAUGCAGACUUCUGCAUUCGCCGGUCCAUCUCAGUCGGUGCUUUAUCAAAGUACUCACAUGCUCUCAGAACUUUGAGCGUAUAUUUAGACGAUCCAAUUCAAGCAAUUGCUUCAAAUACCCUCUGCGCCGUGAUGAUUCUCCUGGUCUGCCAAGCAUUCAUUGGAAACCAAGGACAAUUAUUAUCAGGCCACGCAGGAGGUGCAGCCAACAUCUUGCGCGCGAGAAAGAACUUCGGACCCCGUGACGAAUUCGAACGCAAACUAUUCCUCUCUCUACGAGGCAGUGUGCUCUUCGAAGGCCUAUACAACGAAAAAAUAGACCUAAGCCCCACAGAAUGGGAAUCCCUUGUCCAAAACGACUACGACGCAAAUCUCCCAGAAGGACGAAUGAUGCUCUGCCUAACAAAAGCCCCAACCCUAAUAAAGCGCGGCAAACACGCAAUACGCACUGGACAAGACCUAACCAAACUGAAAAGUGAAAUCCAACCAAUAUAUGAACAGUGCAAAGAAAUCCUAGCCGAGCUAAAAACCCGGAAAACAUCCUUCGAAGCCUCAACCCCGGAAACGUCUUCUCCGACAUUCAUGGCCCAGGUCCUGAAAGCGCAUUACCUGCGCACGUACGGACUGGGUCUUACGAUAGUGAUGUUUUUCAAUUGUAUAAUGCAGGCGUUGAACUUGGAUGAUUCUACUUUUGCGGCGGAAUCGACUUCUUUUGUCGAGGAGACGCUUGAACAUGCAGCGCAGUCAAAUGUUUAUAGACCUGUUGGGGCGGGUUGA